CCACGACUGAGCUGCACCGCACCAUCCAUCUUGCAAGACCUUACCUACCACCCACACGGUAGAGUACAUCGCUACCUCAUCAGUCCUCGCUGGGUUGCCACGCUGACUUCGAUCCGACGACUACGGUACGAAUUGCAGCAAACGCAGCAGCAAAGCCUCGACAGACCUAACGUACGGGUCAUCGUUUCAUAGCCGUCCAGCCCCGGUGGUUGCGUUUGCUAAUCGUUUUCCCAUCCUCUCAACUCGCUUUCUGCUUGCACAAAAGCAGAAGCAAGCGGGCAUCCAUUCAUUCCUUCAUUUAUUCAUGCAACACGGUUGGUUUCUGGUUUGGUAACAACCACCCCCGAACAAUCAGUGGGUAGGAAACGGUGCAGACGGCUGGCAUUCACAGUAAUACGUGCAGCGAUUGCCUAUUUUUGUCUGCCAGCUGGGCAUCUCACCUCUGACCUUACAAGGCGCCACCUAUACAUCCUUCCCACCCCCAAACUGCUUGUGUUGGUACAUGGCUGUGUUUGGCCAGAUCUACCAAUAAUUGACGAGCAUCGGUUCACUGGAGAGAACCCAAAGCACGGCACUGCAGAAUCGCCGCUCCGUCAUCUCUCUUGUUGCCAACGCGCAUUCUAGAGUGCACAACUACUGCACUUCCUGAAACCCGUGCUACCCGACGCUUUCCCCCCUGGGCCGUAUCGACAAACCCCCAACAAUCGCGGCCAAGGCCCCCAAGCGACCCUCGUCCGCUCGACGCCAUCGUUUCUUAGCGCAAACCCCGUCUUUGACGCCGUUCGGUACCCUUUGCCUCGACACCUUUCGAUGUGAUCUCCCGAAGGCCACCUUACCGCCGCAGAUUCGACUUUUCAAUAACCACCUCCUGGAUCCCUCAUUUGAAAAGAUCACCCUGUCGCCCGCCCGACGGUCUCAACUUUGAACCGGUCUACUUUGUCUUGCAACUUGUCGACAGCAUCGAGGCAGCCUACUCCCCGAGGCUUGACGCCUCCUGCGGCCCGCCGCCCAGCGCAACAUAACCACCAUGGACGACUAUCUGGACAGUCCUAUGGACGCUGAUGACAUUUUCCCUUGCAAAGGCUGCGGGGAGAUUCUCGAAGAAGGCAAAGCGUUCGAGCUGGCCGGCAAUCGAUGGCAUCUCAACUGCUUCCGCUGCAAUACAUGCGGCACCCUCCUCGACUCCGAUGCGAAUCUCCUUCUCCUCGGCGAUGGCUCACUUAUCUGCAACAACUGCACGUACAGUUGCAGUGCUUGCGGUAACAAGAUCGAAGAUCUGGCCAUCUUGACAGGUGACCAGGCAUUUUGCGCAACUUGCUUUCGUUGCAGGAACUGCAAAAGGAAGAUUGAGAACCUGCGCUAUGCUAGGACCUCUCAGGGCAUAUUCUGUAUGAGCUGCCAUGAAUCCUUGAUGGCAAGACGGAGGAAAAAAUCAAAAGCCGCAGCGCAAGCGAAAGCAAGAGAGAAAGAUACAUCGCCGAUGAUAACAGACAAGUCUCUCCCGGCUCUACCACCGAACGCCAUACCUCCAAAUGCGUUUGGCAUGGAGAAGGAGGUACCAGAAUCCGAAACACCAACUGAGCUGUCGCCGCGGCCCAGACCGGCUUAUUCACGCAACGAAUCUGACCCUCGAGCGAGCUUGCGCCCCGAAAGAUCACCGGAACGAGGAGCCGAGCAGCAAGGCAAGGAAGGCAGCCUUGACCCUCCGAAGAAUUACAGGAAUAACCGUAAUUCUUCGAUUAUGAUUCCGUCCGGCGACAUGAACUUUGGCGACGCUGAUGGCUCUUUCAUCCAUGUAGCUUUGGGGUUAGAUACGGGGCCAGCGCCGUCGUCAACCCCUCGUUCUUCGGAUAACAUAUCAGACAAGCGCAGCAGGGACUACUUCAACAACCAAAGAGAUUCUGUUGACAAGCGAAGCGAUUCGCAGAUGUCUACACCUCAUAUUGCUCUUCAAGAGGCACGGCGAAACACAUCUGACUUGGAAAAUGCCCUUCCGGCCAAAGAACCGAGUCGGAAGUUGUCCAAAUCCUCAAGGGCAGGCAGGGAUAGUCUUAAAACCUCAACCAUCCAAACCGAUGAUCACUCGAGGAAGCUUGGUAGUGGUCGCGGCGAUGAGUUCAAACUUCAGGAGGCCCCUAAAAGCAAGAAGCUCGUCAAUUCUCGGAAUAACUCACAGUCUGGCAAGUCUUCUGAGAGCGGGGCUGGGUCACGGGCCAGCAAUGGAUUGCUCUUGCAGCAGAAAAUCAGGGACAGCCCACAACCGAUAGAAUCGCCUCAGUCGCUUAGUGCCAACGACAAGUCUAGCACAUCGCGAAGCUCGCCGGAAUCACGAAUCAGGGACGAAGACGAUGUCAGGCAAUCUAUGGAUUCUGUAGCAUCUGGCCGGACAGAGACCAGUUCGCGUCCAGGCCGAGACAUUCCGCCACCAAGAGCACCCCGAAACGUGAAUGGCAAGACGGAUCUCGUUCCACCGCCCCGUCCCUCAAUGCCGGAGCCCCGACUCACGGACACAUAUAUGCAACCUCGAGCACCCCCACAACCUCCAACACAGGCCAACAAAGAUGCGGCAGCGGCGGCUGCCGCUGGUGGGGCUUCUCAGGGCGAGAACUCUCCAAAACUGCCAAGAUGGAGCGCUGGUGGAGACUUCAGUAUGGAUGAAGACAUGGCCAGAAUCCUAGGCACGGAUGAAGGCUCAUCGUCAAUACUGAGACGUGUUUCAAACGCUGUCAGGCAUGGCCGGACAAACAGCGUCGAAUCCAGUGGCCAUACAGUAGGGCGCGGUGGUCACGGUAGGAGCAUGAGCGAGGCAACUCGGGGGACUGCAUCUCCAUUGGUUCCAAAGACGCCCAUAGCGGAAACUCCCCUUGACAGCCAGGCCCAGGAUAUCAGCAGUCCAAUAUCCCUAGGAGGCGGCCCGCAGGAUGAUCCGGCUUUCCUCAAGCGGCAACUCCGCAACUCAGAGCAGAGGGUUGCCGAAUUAGAGCGGCAGUUCAACAAUGAGGCUGAUUUGCAGACCCUCAAUAAGAAGCUCAUCGAAAAGAGGAAGACAGUCACUGUUCUAGACACGCAAGCCGAGAUUAUGGUCCGGGAGCUUGAGGUACUGGCCACAGUGGUUGAGAAGAGCAAGCAAAACAACCAGCCAGUCGAUGUUAGGGACCUUCAAGAGACCGUCGUCAAGGAACUGAGGCAAAAGAUUGAGAAGUAUACUCAGUCGAUGACAGCCACUAUCGAGCAGUUGAUAGCGGAGCGCGAUCAAUUAGUAGAGGAAAAAAACAGGGCGAUGGCUGAUAGAGAUCGAGCACUGCUUGAAUUUGAGCAGUUGUCAUCCAAGAAUGCGCAGCUGGCAGAUAUGAACAACGACCUUACCCACCAGAUUCAGGAGCGUUUUAGGUCUCAAGCCAACAACGAGCUCAAGUCACCAAAUGGACUCGGUAUUUACCAGGCCCAGAAACUUACUGCACCAGGCGGAGGAUCAAACUAUGACUCGGCAAGCAUCCAGACCGGUGCUACCUUGGUCACCACCGACGUAGAUGAGCCCAUUCUCGAGGGUCCGACGGUAGUCAACAUUCGUAAGGGGCAGGUCAAGAAGUUCAACUGGAAGAAGGGCAAGACAGUCGCUCAAAAUUUCACCAAGGGCAUGAAUCGUGCUGUCGGUGCAUUCCAGCAAGAAAAGGAGCGUGGAGGACAGCAGUACGGUGGUCUUGCGGGGGACAACAUUGGGCUGCCGUACAACAUGACUGUGGCUCAGGUCGAGUCACCGGCUUCUCUGGGGCCCAAUGGAUCUCUGAACCGGAUGCCGAGCGACAACAAUAACCCCCGCCAAGGCUUUGGCUUUUUUGGCAAGAAGCAGCAGGAAAAGCAACAGCAUUCUUUGCCCAAGUCGAUGUCUGCAGCGAACAUGUCAUCUGCAAGCAUUGCACCAGAGCCGCCCAGCGUACUGUUUGGCUCUGAACUAGUUGAGCGAACAGACUAUGAGCGACGUCUGAUCCCCAGUGUCGUCACGCGAUGCAUAGAGGAGGUGGAGCUACGCGGUAUGGACAUGGAGGGCAUUUACCGGAAGACAGGCGGAAACUCGCAGGUCCGUGCAUUGCAGGAGGGCUUCGACAAGAACGACGAGUUCGACAUCUCCGACCCUGGGCUAGACAUCACAGCUGUUACGAGCGUGCUGAAGCAAUAUUUCCGCAAGCUGCCCACACCUCUGCUUACCUACGAUGUUUAUGACAGAGUCCUCGAGUCAAACUCUAUCACGAACAACAAGGAACGAUGUGAACACCUACGGAUGACAUUCAACAUGCUGCCCACCCAGCAUCGUCAAUGUCUCGAGUUUUUGAUGUUCCACCUUGCCCGGGUUGCGGCAAGAGAAAGUGAAAAUCUGAUGCCGCCAAAGAAUUUGGCCGUGGUCUUCGCACCUACCUUGAUGAGAGACCAUAGCCUUGAGAAGGAUAUGAUAGAUAUGCACGCGAAGAACAUUGCUGUGCAGUUCGUUAUCGAGAACAGUCACAUCAUCUUCGAAGAGGCUUAGAUAACCUCUGAUCCCGAUGGUGAAAUCCUUGUUCCUAUAAGCCCCGGGAAACAAGUAUCAGCCACUCAACAUUGUAUAUAAGUUCGUAAUGUCAGGUUUAGCAAAGGGAAAGAGGAAGUGGGGGUGGAAGGAUCCAGCGCGAUUGCCUCUCUCCCGCUGACUAUGAAAGACGGUUUUCUAUGGAUGCGGCUGUUGCACUGCCAGAAGUGCACCUGGUGGAGAUGUUUGGCUGUUUCUCAGAGCAUGUCUGUUGGGAUGUUUGCCUAACAAGCUGCGCCAACCGGUGCUUGGUAUUAUCUCGUCAUUUGUAAUGUAGCCUCUUUCAUUUUUUGUUAUUGGAGUACUUGCCGGUCAGUAGGAGGUCUAUGAUAUCCCCGGUCUACCAACACCUUUUUUUUCUCGCUUCUUCAUACUUUGUCUCACAUUUAUGCCUCCCCUUCGUUUGCUUCUCCAUUGCAGGUAGUAUGGGGACAGAUACCCGAAUUUCAUUGUUAGGUCGUUCAGGCUAGCAGUUUGUAUAUACAAAUCAACCCGGUCGGCGUUUUGGAGAGCUCUAGUCCUCUUUCAUGACCAGCACCUGGCCAUGGUUCAAAUAAAGGG